AUGCGUAUCCUAAGGUCCAUCAUCGCUGCAACUGCAGUCGCUGAUCGUGCACCUAAGCUUUUUAUCCAUACCCGCGAACGGAGAGUGCCGACGACACCGACUGGAUUGAAGGCUUCACCAACGCGAUCCAUCCCGACGGACGAUUCGGCUGGAACAACACGAGGGUUCAGCAGCGCCAUUGGUAAGAAUUACGGGACCGGUUGGCAGCAGUGGCGCGACUACUACGUUGCAUCACCGGACACUUGGGACCCUAAGGGGAGGGGCGGAGUUGUCACCACUCAGGGUUUCAACGGCGGCGUCCUCAGAAACCAGACGGUGGCAAACAACUAUCCAAAUGCUGGGUACUUUGUGGUCAAAGAAAUCGAGGGGAGACGAUGGAUUUGGGAAUUGAGGGAGCAUGGUACGGCGCCUACUGCACAGACACUGCCAGAGAUGGGUCAGAAAUGGCCGUGUGACCCGGUGUAUGAGGUCUGCACAUAG